UCAAUAUUUACUAUACUUGUCAGCACCGGCGCUGAUGUAGUUCAGAUUCCUUCCAGAAGCGCGCCGGCGACGACGAUGAGCGUGUCCGGCGUGGUCAUCGCCUCGGUCUACGGAGUCAUCAGCCUGCUGGGAAUCGUCGGCAACGUCACCCUCAUCAAGACGCUUUGCUCCGCCGGUUCCGUUCGCAAAGUCCCCAACGUGUUCCUGUCCAGUUUGGCUCUCGGGGACGUUUUGCUGCUGGUGACCUGCGCCCCGGUGGACGCCAGCCGCCACCUGACCAGCGAGUGGCCGUUCGGGAGGGUCGGUUGUAAGGUCAUCGCGUUCAUCCAGCUCACCUCUGUUGGGGUGUCGGUGUUUACGCUCACGGCGCUCGCUGCUGACAGGUACAGGGCUAUCGUGAGGCCAUUCGACACCCAGGCAUGGAGUUCUACGAGCGGUAUCGUCCUGCGGGCGGCGCUCAUCUGGGUGGUUUCUCUCGUCCUGGCAACUCCCGAGGCCAUCUUCUCUGACCUUCACGUCUUUCACGUUCCUUUCACCAACGAGAGCUUCGUCACCUGCGCCCCUUACCCGCCUCGUGGCAAGCUGCAUCCCAAGAUCCACUCCACGGUCACCUUCCUGGUUUUCUACAUCAUCCCGCUGCUGGUCAUAGGCGUGUACUACAGCUUCAUCGCCAGUAGCCUGAUGAGGGGCGUAUGCAAGCUGCCCGUGGAGGAGAAAAAACACGCAAGACAGCAGGUCGAGUCCAGGAAACGCUUGGCCAAGACAGUGCUGGUUUUUGUUGCCCUCUUCGCCGUGUCCUGGCUCCCCAGUCACGUCAUCUUCUUAUACCGCUCCUAUCACUACUCCGAGGUGGACACGUCCCUGAGCCACUUUGUGUGCAGCGUGGUCGCUCGGAUCCUGGCCUUCGUGAACUCCUGCCUGAACCCUUUCGCUCUUUACCUGCUCAGCAAGAGCUUCCAGAAGCGGUUCGAGGAGAACCUCUGCUGGUUCUGCCGCGAGCGCAACAAAGCGUCCCCGCGGACUCCGAAUCACGACGUGCGCUUGACCUCUGCGACGCCGCUCCGGGGACAGCUCGAGCAUUCUUGAGCUCACUUACUUGAUGAUAAAUAUCCGCGAUUGUACAAAAUGGCUGACAUGUACUUGCGACUUUGCUAUUUUAAGUCAAAUCUGUAGUUGUUUAUGCUUGUUUAUGUUUUUGUAAAUGUGUUUUUGCUUGGAUUGAAUGUCACAACAAAUCAUCGGGCGACUUUUGGGAUGCUGUUGCCAAUUAUAUUGUCACAGAGAUGUAACAAAGUGAAAAACAAAAAAUGACUUGGGGAUAAAGUACGUAACAUAUUUUGUAUUUGCCACCUAAUGGUUCUUCAUUUUCAGAAACAUGUAUUGUCCUUUUAGCAAUAUGUUUUUUGUCAGGAUUUUUAUCUUCGUGAACGUGAUCUAAAUUUAUAUUAAAAGAUGGGUGGCGCUGCUGGAAAGCCUUGGCCUCACUGUUCUGAGGUCCCGGGUUCAAUCCCAGACCCGCCUGUGUGGAGUUUGCACGUCCCUCCCGUGCCUGCGUUGGUUUUCUCCGGGGCACUCCGGUUUCCUCCCACAUCCCAAAAAAACAUGCAACAUUAACUGGACACUCGAAAUUGCCCCAAGGUGUGAUUGUGAGUGUAGCGAUUGUCUGUCUCCAUGUGCCCUGCGAUUGGCUGGCAACCAGUUCAGGGUGUACCCCGCCUCCUGCCCCUUGACAGCUGGGAUAGGCUCCAGCACUCUCCUGACCCUUGUGAGGAUAAGCGGCUUAGAAAAUGGA